AUAGAUAUCAAUGAAAUGACAGGUCACAAGAAUUAUACACGCAAACCCACAAUAUAUCUCCCCUAAAAACCCCCAUUGUUGUCUUCCUCAAGCUCCACAUUUCCUCCCCACAAUCAGAUCUACACACACAUAAACUCACGUAUCAACUUAAUUCAACUCAUAACUAGCCAAUUCACAUAGUAUCCAGGCUUCGCGUUUCAAUGCUUUGACGAAAAUCGCAACUCAGAAGCUAUGGGGCAUGUUUACUAUAUUGUUGUGGCGUUUCCGUGCACGGUUGGGGCGAUUGUGCUGGCGCUUUUUCAUAUUUACAGGCAUUUGUUGAAUUAUACCGAGCCGACGUAUCAGCGCUACAUUGUUCGCAUUAUAUUCAUGGUUCCUGUGUACGCAUUAAUGUCUUUCCUCUCCCUCGUCAUUAAUGAGAGUGCGACAAUAUAUUUUAACUCCAUCAGGGAAAUAUAUGAAGCAUGGGUUAUUUACAAUUUUUUGUCACUUUGCCUGGCAUGGGUCGGUGGACCUGGAGCUGUUGUAAUUAGUCUUAGUGGCCGUGUUCUGAAGUCAAACUGGUGCCUGAUGACUUGUUGCUUCCCUCCCAUACCACUUGAUGGGCGUUUUAUACGAAGAUGCAAGCAAGGAUGUUUGCAAUUUGUGAUUCUUAAGCCUAUAUUAGUUGCAGUGACACUCAUUCUUUAUGCAAAAGGCAGAUAUCAUGAUGGAAAUUUCAGUGCAGGACAAUCGUAUUUGUACCUCACUAUCAUCUAUACUUUUUCAUACUCUCUGGCAUUGUAUGCCUUGGCCUUGUUCUACGUCGCAUGCAGGGAUUUGCUCCAACCUUUUAAUCCCGUUCCAAAGUUCAUCAUCAUCAAGUCUGUUGUUUUCCUGACUUACUGGCAGGGUGUUUUGGUUUUUUUAGCGGCAAAGUCUGGGUUCAUAAAAGAUACGAAGGAAGCUGCUGAAUUUCAAAAUUUUAUAAUUUGUGUUGAGAUGCUUAUUGCUGCUGUUGGCCAUCUUUAUGCGUUUCCGUACAAGGAAUAUUCUGGUGCGAACAUCGGCACUACUCGUGGGUUUUCAGAAAAUCUCGCACAUGCUGUCAAAUUAAAUGACUUUUACCAUGACACUGUUCAUCAGUUUGCACCAACUUACCAUGAUUAUGUACUCUACAACCAUAGUGACAGUGAGGGGGAAUCAAGGACAUACCGAGCUAAAACCUUUGUCCCUACCGGACUUGAAAUGGACUCUGUCAGAAAAAAUAAACAUAUGCUUGGAAACAAGUUAGAAGGCAUACAGCUAUCUAGUUUAUCGUCUUCUGGUAGUAGCACUCCCGGUAACCAGAGCCCAGAACAAGUCUUAGUGGAUAUCUCAAAAUCAGAGGCAAUGAACCCUUCUCUGCUACUGGAUGCUUCGCUCGAGGCCCCCAAUGACCUCACUCUUGUUGACAUAGACAUGUCCAAUUAUUCAGAAGAGGUACCAGCAGUUAAUGAUCUUGGGACAAGGUGACUUGUGUAUAGUUCCGCAAUCGUAAUUUCUUACCCAAAGGUUCUUUGAUACUGAUAUCUGUUUUUUUAUUCCUCUUUCUUGUUCUUGUCUUGCCUUCAUAAAUUCUUUUGUUGUUAUGGUCAUUAGGUUCUGUACAUGUAGGAUACUCGUUCUCAACAGAGGGAACACUUGAUAGUCUUACACAGUUACACGAAGUAUGUUUAAGUUUUUACUGUAUACAGAAAUCAUAGUUGUCCGGCUCCUCCCAUAUCUUUCAAAAAUCAGUCAGGUUGAUUACCUCUCCUGUCUAUACACAAUAUGAGACUCUGUAUUUUCAUUCAUUGUAUGAAAUGGAACCAAACAUUGGAUCAGACUUCUCGAGGUGGUCGAGGUACAGUGGAUAUGCAUUGUAGGGAAGUUUCAGUUGCAAUAAUGUUGAUUGUUACAUGUUUGUGAUAAGCCUCGUCUUGAUCAAGACAUGAUGUUGAUUAAUGUGAUUAAUUCUUAUCAAGUUAUCAUA